CAAUAUUGAGACUUGUGAGGAGCCCAGCCAAGCUACACUUCUUACAAGAUAAUAUAGCAAUAAAUAAAGUUGUUUUCUUUCAUUUUUAUUCAUUAUUAUUAUUACAAAAAUUAUUUUAUUUAAAUAAAAAAUAAAAAAAUUGCAGCGUCAGCCGUGGCAGCACAAAUCAAGUCAAAAAAAUGGACUCCAAUGACAACCAAUUAAGCUCUUUCUUCCACCACCACAACCAACAACAACAACAACAACAACAACAACAGCACCACCAACAAAACUCCACCACCGUAACCACCGCCACCGCAUCUCCGACGAACGGUCUUUUACCAAACACAGAUGGGUCCCACAUACUUUACCCUCAUUCAGUUGCUUCUUCUGCUGUUUCUUCUCAGCUCGAACCAGCUAAGAGGAAGAGAGGUAGACCUAGAAAAUAUGGUACUCCUGAACAAGCCCUAGCUGCUAAAAAAGCUUCUACGUCGUCGUUUUCUCCUACUCCACCCACUCUUGACACCACCACCAACAACAAGAAUACCCACUCUUUCUCUCCUUCUUCUUCUUCUUUCACCACUAAGAAAUCUCAUUCUCUCUCUCUAGGCAAUGCAGGACAAGGUUUCAGUGCACAUGUCAUUGCUGUUGCUGCUGGUGAGGAUGUUGGGCAGAAAAUUAUGCAAUUUAUGCAACAACAUAGGGGUGAGAUAUGCAUUAUGUCUGCAUCUGGUUCCAUCUCUAAUGCCUCUCUCCGUCAACCAGCAUCUUCAGGAGGCAACAUUAUGUAUGAGGGUCGGUUUGAUAUUAUUUCGCUUACUGGUUCCUAUGUCCGUAAUGAAACCGGAGGGCGAAGUGGUGGUCUUAGUGUGUGCUUGUCUAAUUCUGAUGGACAAAUCAUAGGUGGUGGUGUUGGUGGGCCCCUUAAAGCUGCUGGUCCAGUUCAGGUCAUUGUUGGUACAUUUUUUAUCGACAACAAGAAGGAUACUAGUGCUGGUGGAAAAGGUGAUCCCUCUGCUGGUAAGUUGCCAUCACCAGUUGGCGAGCCAGCAUCAAGUUUAGGUUUCCGCCAAACAGUCGACUCUUCCAGCGGGAAUCCAAUCCGAGGAAAUGAUGAACAUCAAGCUAUGGGUGGAAGCCAUUACAUGAUUCAACAGCUUGGUUUGCAUGUGACACCUCCCAGGACUACAGAAUGGGGGACUCAUCCAGAUUCAAGACAUGCUGGUUAUGACCUGUCAGUUCUCAAUAUUGCAGGAAGAACAGGUCAUGGGUCUCACCAGUCUCCUGAGAAUGGAGGCUAUGACCAAAUUCCUGAUUGAGAAUUUGAGAUGGCUUGUGGGUUUGAUGGCACCAAUUUCUGGUUAACAGUUGUAUGAUAUCCACUACAUACCAGCAGUCUUUGUCACGUGACGCCAUUUAUAGUAUGCGCCAUCCGUUACGGCCGUGGCUUCUGACUUCUGAGAAUUUAUACGCAUGUUUGUCCUUGAAAAAUGUUGUUUUGCCUCAUUUACUUGUGAUGUAUUUAAAAAUUAGGGUUGCUGGCAAUACUAAUGCCUCUUCAUUUUUGUGGGUCUGUUAGUUUAUCUAUACCAUGAUAAAUAAGGUAUAUUUACAUAUACAUGCUUCCUAGCUUAGCUUGUGGGCUAUAUUUCCCUUCCAUUUCAA